UCCAAUGUAGUGACAGUUUAUUUCUUUAUCAUUUUGUUUUUAGAUGGCUCAAGUAAUUCAAGAAUACCUACAAAGAUGGGAUCAAUUUGUUGAUAAACAUAAAGAUCCUCGUGUGGAUGACUGGUUAUUAAUGGACAGUGUCUGGCCCGGAACCUUCUUGGUUCUGGUCUAUCUGUUCAUUGUUUGGGUAGGACCCAAACUGAUGGAGAAACGACAACCCUUCCAACUCAGAGAAGUCCUCAUGGCUUACAACUUUGCAAUGGUGCUGCUAUCGCUGUACAUGGUGAUUGAUGUCUAUUUCCAACAUUAUGAUCCCCAGUUUGGUCGUGGAGGCUGGUUGAAUGGCUACACUUAUGGCUGUCAACUUGUGGAUUAUAGCAACAGCCCUCAGGCAAUGACAAUGCUCAAUGUAUGCUGGUGGUUUUACUUCUCCAAAUUCAUUGAGAUGUGGGACACAUUCUUCUUUAUACUUCGGAAGAAGAAGGCCCAGAUAUCGUUUCUGCAUGUAUUUCAUCAUGCCAUUAUGCCUUUCACUUGGUGGAUCGGAGUACGCUUCGUAGGAGGUAAGAGCCUAUCUCAAUAACAAAUGGUAAUAGUGGCUACUUUUGUAGCGCACAGGUUCACCUUUCGGUGCUUAUGGCACUGCAAGUAAGUGCAUUAUACACAUAAAUAAUGCUAGAAUUCUUGAGAUAGACAGUGUCAAGCUGCAUGUCAAUCAUUUGCAAUGAUAUUAGUAUACAAAUAAUGCUCACGUUAUUGCGAUAAGGCCUGCACUAAUGUCACAAAUUUUAAAAUGUGCAUCAUUUGUUUAUAAAACAUGUCAGCAGUAUGUAAUGGCUAGGUUGUUCCAAGCCCUCCAAACAUUCAAGGAUUGCAGAAAUAAAGAGAUCACACCUGUUUUCUAAUAUGACAUCACAGGCAUAUCUACAUGUAGUAUGAACGCCUAAGUAAGCGCAUCAAAUUACUUGCCAUAGCUCUUUCAUUCUGAAUGCAAAUUUGCGAUAGCGUCUCAGUUUUUACGUGCUAUGGGUAAAAUGAUGCACCCAAAAUGCACAGUGCUGGGAAACAAAAUGCAGUGAUGGGAGGUUGCAUAGAAUUAAAAGGUGACUUUCAUAUGCACUCAUUAAUCACUCAACUUAAUCAAAUUUGUCAAUUUGCUAGAGUUCCUUACACACAGGUAAAACGUGUUUUUUCGUACUUGGUAUCACAUGUUGCAAUUUAUUAUUGGAGAAAAAUUUUGUAAAUCAGCCCUUUGGUCCAAACUAACAAUCAAUUUUCAAUUCUUCCUGAAUGUUGAAAUUUUUUUCAAUUACCAUACACAAGACUUAAGAUAAUUAUUAUUUCAGUUUCUUACCUUUCUAUACACUGAACUGAAACUAUUUAUUGCUUCUUCGCACGCAUCACGAACCGUCCUCGUUGAAUAGAUACAGUGUGCUAUCGCUCCUCGCGAUUUCACUACGAACGGUCCUCUCUGUUACGAUGCCCACUGUGGCGUAAAUAAUUCACUUCAAGAAAAUAUAAAGAUACGGGAUGAAACUUUGGAACCUAAACUAUCGAACGUAGACACCGGCAAAUAAUUUGCUUUUCUUGUAGGUGCAGUUAUUGCUGGUUUUAAAAAAGCUUUUCGUUAAAUUGCCGACGACACCAAUAUAUUUUAUUCUCAUAGAGACCUUAAUUCAUUAAACAAUAUCGUAAAUCGUGAAAUAGACAAAGUGUCAAACUGGUUCAAAGCCAACAAACUCUCCCUUGAUACAAAAAAGACACAUUUUAUGUAUUUCAGACACCAUUCCCAUAACAUUAACAUACCGAUUCACAUUAACAUUGACGGCACCCCCCUAGAACAGAAAAACCAAUCUAAAUUUUUAGGUAUAAUUAUGGAUGAAUUUUUGACUUGGAAUCAACACAUACACCAUGUUACGAUGUCCGUUUCCAAAAGUAUUGGUAUACUUUCUAAGUUAAAAUUCACUCUUCCUGAAAAAAAUUUAUUCUUAUACAAUUCAU